AUGACCUCCGCCGAGAGCCAGAGCGCAGACUCCCCCCUCGUCCCACCCCCCUUCGCCGGCGCUCCGACCCGUGUCACCCCCGCCCAGCAACAGCGCGCGCGUAUCAAGGCAGCCGAAAAGGCCCGGGUCAAAGCGAUCAUCUCACAGCGGCAGACGAGUCGGAAGAAGCUCAAUGGGCGGCGAAUAGCAGAGGAGGCGGUGGUACUGGUCAGAAGAGCGUGUACGGCGAUUGUCUAUGCGGCAAAGACGAGCAGUCCAGUGUACCCUACGUGUUCGAAUAGCCUGGGGACGGGAUAUGCGAGGUAUACAGGCUGGAACCUCACAGGCGAUGAUCUACCCGGUAACCCCAUUAUGACCUCGGACCAGAGCGAGAAGAGCUGUAUCGCCGCAUGUAAUGCAUACAAGACCAAUGGAGAUCUCACUUGCGUCGGUAUCGGCCAAGCUCUACCCCGUACCGGACUCGUCUGCACCGUCAAUCCUCUCACAGCCAGUAUCGGUCUCCCGCUCUGCGACUACCCCUGCUACCUCAAGAACAAGUAUCUCUGCGAGGGGACAUGGACAUCGGCGUCGAACUUUGCAGUGGAUCUCAAGGGCGGAUGUGCGGCUUGGCAGGGGCUGGUACCGACCAAUGUGGACUCGACGUGCUGUAACAAUUAG